CGGCAGGAAGGGGAGCAUCCCCCCCCCAACCCCGUGGCCCUGACGCCUGCGCAGACCAGUCGCCCGCCCAGCUCAGGCGCUCACACGGUGAAGCCUCGCGUUGCCUCACUUCACCUCGCCUCACCUGUCUCGCAGCGCCUCGCGACUUCGCCUCCCUUCACCUCCCCGGAGUCGUCAUGCCGCGCCUGCCUGUUGUCUGCCUGCUGCCCCGCCGCCGUGUGACCCUGCUGGUCCUGCAGCCUGGCCAGCGCCUGGCCCACUCGGAACCUCCACGUCAGCGCCCGGUGUCGACCUUAGAGGUGGCCAUUGCCCUGGUGGUGUUUUUUACCGCCUUCUUAACCCCCAGUGGGUAUGUGCUGAGCAAUCUGAACCAGUUCAGAAGAGAGUAGGUGGAAGAAGAUGUAGAGCAGCUGUUCCAGUCCAACACUUUGAGAAAAUGCUGUGGCUUCUUUAAAUGAGUAAAAGUGCUUAGUUGAGUUGAUGAUGAUGCAACAACCAUUGUGGGUAUUCACUUUCAUAACCAUAUGCUUAUGGUAAAUAUAUUGCGCUUUUUGGGAAUUGUGCGUUGUAGAAAGAGUUGGAUAGUCAUUUAAAAAUGAAUAAAAUUGAGACCUUUAUUCAUGCUUGG